AUGUGGAUCCGCAGCAGCGGACCCUGCUCAUCCAAAACACUAUGCCUGUCAUCGCGAGAUUCGGUCUUUGGGCUCUGCUUCCGCUGCUCUAGCUGCAAUGAUACUUCCAAGUUACGAUGAUGGCCCAGAAAUCAUUGCAGGAAUAUGCGCUGGGCCUAGAGGCACUGCACUCUCACGAGAUACUCCCCCCGGGGCGUCUGCCCCCCACGCCUGCAUCGAAUGGCGGGAAGCACGAUGGGUCGGGGCUUGGCUGGAAUAGACGGCAAAUCGAUGCGCGGGUAACUUUUCGGCGGCUUGAUCAGAGCAGCCAUGAGGUCGGUGUACAAACGAACAGUCAAACAGCCAGGCUUGGUAUACGUAGGCGUGCUCAGCACAUGUUAAAUCUCAUCUGCAAACACCUUCUCAUUUUUCUUCCUACUUGUCUUCUACUCCUGCAUUACGAGUGUGCAUCAUUCCAUCCUUCAAUCCUACAUAAUUAGUCCUAUUUCAUAUUAUUGCCUUCCCUCAUACUGUUCCCCACUUGUGACGAGAUCGCGGCGUGGAUCAGGAUAGCUGGUGAAGGUGAGUUUAGAAUGUCCGGGAAAAGGAAGCCUUUCUGGACGAGAUGUGCCGAGUGAAGAGCGGUAUUGUGGGUCGGGGGACGAGGGUGAAGUGA